UUAUUCGCAUCGCACGGGAUGAAAACUUGCUAUGUAACUCUCUUCUCUCAUUAUAAAUGCAGAUGCUCCCUGGCCUAGGUGGAAAUGAUGCUGGUGAGUGAGGUUACGUACCUUCAGACCCAGGUCUAGUUCUCCAUGUCUCCUUGACGACCCACUGACGAUCUCGAGGCAGCUCGCUCAAGCCAAGACGGCAUCCGCUUUCCUCACAUGAUGUUUGGCCGAUAAUACGAUGAGCUGCAAGCUCUGGACGCAAACGAAGCAACGUCAAGAAAUAGUAACAUGCAGCAUCGGCAGAGUCGUGAGCGGAGCCAACAGCGCGUCGCUGGCGACAAUGGGCCGCCCAGGCGAAGACAGCCCGAUGUCGGCUGGCUUGACCUCCCGAACAAGGACCAGCUCUUUAUCUUGGCCAUGUGCCGCCUCUCGGAACCGCUGUCGAGCGUCUGCCUCCUGCCGUACAUCUUCUAUCUUGUCCGUUCAGCUCUGCCGCGAGAGUCGCCGUCUCCGGGCACGGACAACAGCACCGGCAGCUCCACGGACAGCUUUGGUAACCAUGCGGCUAGGAUCUCGGCCUAUUCUGGACUGCUGGUGGCGUCCUUCCCCUUGGCCCAGUUUGCCGUCUCGCUGCCUUCGGGACGGCUAUCUGACGCACAUGGAUGCAAGCUGUCCAUCGUUACCGGCCUUCUAAUUUCCGUCGUCGCAAACGCGGCUUUUGGAUUCAGUCGAUCGUUUGGCGCCUUGAUAUUCUGGCAGACCCUGUCAGGCUUAGCCAACGGCAACGUCGGAAUCAUGCGCACCAUGACGGCUGAGAUCGUGAAGGAGCCCAGGUUCCUGACUCGAGCCUUCCUCCUUCUCCCCCUCGUCUCCAAUUCUGGAAUGUUUGCCAGCCUCGCAUUAGGCGGGAUUCUCGCCGACCCUGUCAUCAACCUUGCAUGGUUACUUGGCCCCGACGGUCUCCUAAACCUGAGUCACGAUAGUCGGGGAGUGCAAUGGCUCGCUGAGCAUCCAUAUGCGCUCCCGGCCCUGAUGAAUGCCUCGUUGCUCGCCUUCGCCCUCAUUCUCGCCAUACUGUGGCUUCGUGAGACUCUACCGGGAAAAGAGGAUGCGCGGGACGUUGGCCUUCUCACAGGCCUAGAAAUUAGUCGUUGUAUCAGACGAAAUAUUCUUCGUCGUCAAGACCAGCCAUACAUGUCACUGAACAUGGACGAAGACGACUUGUUUAAUUCGCGCCAAGGCCGCCAUCAAACCCAAUCUCUGGUGGAACUCGAAGAGAUGAAGGAAGCCAGAGACAUAGUUGCUGUACUGGAGAUACCCUCCCCGACUCCCGGCAACAUGCUGGCUAGCCUAGCCAGGGCUGUCGGACCGGUCGCUGGGGGUGCAAUCUACGCCGCUGGAAUUACGGAGGGCGUCGUGGGGACUGUCUGGUGGCUUUACCUGGUGGUCAUUUGCAUCGCUGCUGACGCCUGGUGUUUUGGUGUUCAGGGGCCCAAAGAAAAGGAGCUGAACGAGUGAUGAGGAAUUAGAUGGCUGUAAAUUUUUGUAUUUCUCGACGUUCGAAUCAUGCGCAAUGCCCAGAUGGGCUAGAGUAGAGUUAGAGUAGAUUUGGUAUAUCAGCAGGCCAGGCCAGGAUAGGAUAGAAUAGGAAUAGA